UCUUCCAACAGGUACACUGAAACUUAAAUCCUGGAAUUCAAUAUCCACAGGUGGCCUUUCAGGUUUGUGCUUCCCUGAGCGUCUGGCUUAUUGUAGCUUUCACCGUUGAGCGCUUCAUUGCCGUACAAUAUCCACUUCAAAGGCCUCAAAUUUGUACUGUUAGAAGAGCGAGAAUAAUCGUCAGCGUUUUGAUAUUCAUCGCUCUUACCUCUCAGCUCUAUACAUUCUGGAUUGCUGGAAUAAUUGAGAAUGACUUCAACGAAUUCGAAUGCGAAAUGCUACCACAGUAUCAAGAAGUGAUGAAGAUUGUUAAUUUCGUAGACACCAUUGUAACUCUCAUUGUUCCUCUCAUCAUGAUCAUUCUGAUGAACGCAAUGAUCGCCAGAAGUUUGAUUAUGUUCCGCAGGAAAAUGUUGGAAAAGGAAAUAAAUGGACGGUUUUUUGAAGAGAAUGAGAGUAGGAACAUUCCCUUUACCGAGUCCAGGCCCGAUAGUACCAUCUGGAAAGGAAAGAGCUCUUCUUCGUUUUUGAUUAAACACAAAAAGUCUUCUAGUACGCACCAAAGUUUAUGCGAAAGGAAUUCGCAGAUACAUGUACGGGGUUCUGAUAAUAGUUGGUCAUCAAGAAGUCAAGAUAAUAUAACCAAAAUGCUUCUUAUAAUAUCAUCAGUGUUCGUCGGAUUGAAUUUACCAAGUUAUUCCAUAAGGAUUUGGAUCUUCUUUGGAUUCACUUUAUUCGAGAAACCACUGCCGGAAUUACUCUGGUGUACCCAGCAAGUAGCGAUGCUUCUUUAUUACACCAACUUCAGUGUAAAUUUCAUACUGUACACUAUGUGCGGGGCAACAUUCAGACGCUGUCUUUGGAAACUGAUCAGAUGGAAUUGAAUAGCGCACCAUUCUUAAUGCCCUCCUCGACACCUGCUGUCCAGAAGGCCUGACUUCCAGCUAUAACCACCUGACCUGGCCAACGCAUCACCCAUUGCGUCCUUUCUGCCUUCAUAACUUCAGCGGUUGCAGCGCCCAUUAUUGUUCUCACUAGAAUACUAUUACUGUUUGUAUUUGUUUAAAUAAAAUAUAAAG